AUUCGCUGUGGCGGUGGCUCGGCAGCGGGGGCUGGGGGCUUCUGCAAGGCGGGAGCCUCCGCCCCCUCCCCGCUGCUCCCGUCAUCAGAAGCUGUGAUCCUCGUCCUCUCGCCCCUCGCGCGCACCCGCCGCUUCCUUCCUUCUCCCCCCGUAUCCCAUUCCCAAAUCCCAGCAGCCCCUCCCGCGGAAGCAGCAGCAGCAGGAGCUGCUGCAAGCUUUGCGUGCCUCCUGCUUGACCGCCCCGAUGCCUGCGUGAACGUGGAGCGGAGGAAUCCACGACUGCGGCGGGCAUCCCCGGGUGGCACUGGCCGCCCUUCCCGAGCAAGGAGCGAAGCAGCGUGCGCGGCCGAAGAGAAUCGGGCAGCUCCCACGGACCAUGCUUGUGGCCGGGGAGGGAGGAGGGGGCGAGGAUGUGUUCCCCCUCCCUUUCCCGUCUCCCUCGGAUUUAAGCCUGCAGCAGCCCUAAGGUCGAAGCGGCUGAGGCGGCGGCGGCAGGAAAUUCAGCACCGGGACAGCUCCCAGAUCAUCACAGUGGAUGUCACCAGGAAAGAGAUGGUGGAUCAGAGCCCUCACUGGGGAAUGCAAGCUGCCACCAUCAUGGAUACUGUUCCAGCUACGGUUGUAGCAAGAGAAGUCGAGGGAAUUGCAGGAGAGAGGAGACUCUUGGCAGUUGCCAGUCCUCUCUGCUGCUUUAGAAAAGCCUGAGUCACUCGCCACUUGGGGAGCAAACACAUUUUGAGCUACUUCUCCUCUGUUACACUGACAUGACUGCCUAGUAAUUUUCCCCCUCAUUGCUAAGAAUCUGGAUGAGUUGCUGCCAAAAAAACCAUUAAAAAGAUUACCUCCAAUUGAGGGAUUCCCCCUCCCACAAGAAGAAGAACAAAUAGUGGAAAGUCCUACAAAGAGAAUUAUAGCUGAGAAGAAGAGAGAUUUCCUCAAAGGUACUUUUGGAAGUACUGACCACAGCUCUGAACGGAAUAUGGUCCCAAUGGAGCACAGUAGAGGAUUUGUCUAAGGGCUGUGCCUAUAGGAAGCUCCCUCCGCAGACACCAAGUCCUUUGUGAUCCAUGAUUGUGCUAGGUGUCCUUUCCAUGAGAAAAGAUUCCCCAUGAAAUAUUGGACUCAUCUGUCAUUGCCUUGCUGGGACUUCAUUUAUAACUGAGUAUUCCUGUCACCCACCUGGUGGGACUCCAUCAGUGAUGAAGGUAGGCCUGCACUUGUAGCAACACAAGGCGGCUGAAAGGAAGACGAAGGGUGGUGCCAUCAUCUCACCAUGGUACUUCCGCCUCCAGACAAGCGUCACGUGUGUCUCACCACUAUUGUCAUCAUGACCAGCAUGGCAUUCAUGGAUGCCUAUCUGGUGGAGCAGAACCAAGGACCCCGUAAGAUUGGAGUCUGCAUCAUUGUCCUGGUAGGAGACAUCUGCUUUCUGAUUGUACUGCGCUAUGUGGCUGUGUGGGUGGGGGCUGAAGUGAAGACAGCCAAGCGUGGCUAUGCCAUGAUCCUUUGGUUCCUCUACAUCUUUGUGCUGGAAAUCAAGCUGUAUUUUAUAUUCCAGAACUACAAGGCUGAUAAGCGGAACCUGGAGACAGUGGCCAGGAAGGCACUGACCUUGCUGCUCUCCAUCUGCGUCCCAGGACUGUACCUGGUGCUGGUGGCCUUGGACAGCAUGGAAUACAUACGCACCUUCCGGAAGAAAGAGGAUUUGCGAGGGCGUCUCUUCUGGGUGGCCUUAGACCUGCUGGAUAUCUUGGACAUUCAGGCCAACCUGUGGGAGCCACACAAGACUGGGCUACCAAUCUGGGCGGAAGGGCUCAUGUUCUUCUACUGCUAUAUCCUGCUCCUGAUCCUGCCUUGUGUGUCCCUCAGUGAGAUUAGCAUGCAAGGGGAGCACAUUGCUCCGCAGAAAAUGAUGCUCUACCCAGUCUUGAGCCUGGUGACCAUCAACGUUGUCACCAUAUUCAUCCGGGCCGUUAACAUGGUCCUGUUCCAAGACAGCAGAGUCUCCACCAUCUUCAUUGGCAAGAACAUCAUUGCCAUUGCCACCAAGGCCUGCACGUUCCUCGAGUACAAGAAGCAGGUGAAGGAAUUCCCGCAAAAUGCCAUUGCACUGGAGCUGCAGCAGAACUCAGUGCCCCACAACCAGACCAUCCACAGUUCGCAAGGCAUUUCUCACGAGCAGUCGCCCACCAGGGAGACUUUGGACACAUGACGGCACUCCUCAGACAUCAGCACUUCUUUGCAUUUUCUUGGGGGAGGGGGAGGGGAUUCUGCUCUCAUCCCAGCAUCGAGAGCCGCCCCCUCUGCACAAGAUCAAAAUGGUGGAACAUCCCCUGCAUCUCAGGUAUUUCCUAGGGGCCCUCCAGAAAGAAAACAAAACCAAAUGAACCUUCAGAGGAGAACCUUGACACACACACACCCAGAAUCCGAGCUUUUCUAUCUGUUUGUUACCUGUGCUUCAACAUGUCAGGAAUGAAGAUCUUUGUUAUCACAGACUUUUUUUAAGGAAGGGGAUGGGAAGGGGUGGGGAGAUCAGGGCUGGAGCGUGGCCCACUGUACCUGUGAACAUAGGUGUCUUAUUUAAAAUGGUUGUGUUUACAAUUUCUUAUUUUUAAAAAAGAAAAAGCCACCUGUUUAAUCAUUGCUGGGGAAUCCAGCUGAGUUUGGAGGAUUUUAUACACUCUAUCAACUAGCUCCUUGGGCUGUUCUGUUCUACUGCAAACAGUUACAAAGAGUCAGGCUUUUCUCACACAGAGCUGUUGAACUGAUGAGGCAACUGGCUGGGAAAGGAGGAUGGCCAACUCUGCCCAAGUGCUAAUCCAGCCCCCGCCCCUGAGGACAGCGUUGUACAAACUCCUGGUUUUAAGAGUCCUUCUGGUGCUCUAUCAAAUGAUGCAGCACAAAUUUCUAUUUUUUGAAGCGCAAUUCUCUUCCUCUUUCUCUCAUUCCCAGUGGCAUGAAGUUUCAGGUUUACAAGAGUGUGGUGAUGGCGGGAGGGGGGAUGGUGCCUGGUGGGGCUAGAAGGGGAAGUUGCAACCCUCAGGAUGACACAGAUUCAAUUUUAUUCCAACAGCAGCUGAGUUUAUAAUGGGGUUGUUUUUCUACAAACCAUACAUCUUUCUCUAAGAUAUGGAGGGGGCCGAUCCCUGUGUGCAAGUCAUAGGAGCUGCUGGGGUGUAGGAGUAGCUUGGUGCAAGUACAAAAAUCACAUCCAGACCUGAAGCCUGCAGACUCUGAGCUCCCCUUAUAGGACUAAGCCUGGAAUCCAGGCCGAGUGGCACGUCAGGGACCCAUUCCCAGCGAUUUCUGCCAUGCCCAGGCCAUGCUCUUGCUCCGGAUCCUUCCACACCCUCCAGCCUUUCCAGCAGUGUCUACUGCUAACUGCAGGCUGCCUUACAGCAUCGUCUGCAGUGCAUGCCUCCCUGCCACCUGAUGCUAGGAGGCCCAAUGCUCAGUUGCACAAGACAGUGGGUCCAGUUUGGCCUCCUGCUGCCAUACCCCCAGGGCCAGUUGGGCUAGGGCUGCCAUCAAACCAGGGUGUUUUUUAAACUGCAUUUUAAAAGUUCCGUGUGGGGCAAUGAGAAUUUCAUAUCAAUGCCCAAUAUCCAUCUGUGAAUCAAUGAUAGAAUGCCUCUCUGAGAAGGUCGGGCGAGAGCAGGCGCUCACAUGCCGCCUUGUGGCUCCUUAUCCUUCCUCUCCGAGAGAUGUUUCCCAGGAAUUACAUGUCUCACCCCACUACAGCUGGAUCAUUACAGAGGGAGCCCCAAGGUCCAGUGGCAGGGGAAAGGCCACUCCCAGCUGAGUGAUUGGAGAGGAGGAAUAUGAACAGCUAGUGGAGGGUGUGCACUGGCCCAUUUGAGAUCUCUUAGACAAUGGAGUGGACUCAAGGAGGUGGUGUAGAGUCUUGCCCUGGGUGGAUCUGUGUCUGGGGCAAGCCAGUUGGGCAUUGACCCAUCUGCUGCCCUGCCUCACGCAAGCUAUUCUGGCCAUCUCAAGAAACCUGGAAAACAGGAAGCCGUGAGGUCAUCCGGCUGUUGCCCUCUCUCUGAAGAGAAGGUACAUGAAGGUGCCAAGCUUUCAUCCUGUCCACAAGGGGGUACUCUCGGCUCAUUUUGCAGUUUCCCUGGGGAAUGAGAUGCUUUUGUCAUUGCACAGGGUUUGGGGUUUUUCUUUGGUUUGAAGACAGUUCUGGUCAAGUGUAAUAAACAGUUCUGGACACCCACCAAGCA